AAAGUAAUUUUGUUGAAUGAAGUUUUCAGAAUAAUGUCUUAUCCAUCAUCCGGUUUCAUGGUUCCCGGGUCCAGUCCUUCAUCCCAAUCCGGUUAUCCGGCCUCUUCUGGUUUUCCUGGAUACCCCCCUCAGCAACCUGGAUACCCUCCUCAACAACCUGUAUAUCCACCACAACCUUCUGGAUAUCCAUCAACCAAUGGAGGAUAUCCACCACAACAUCCAGUUUAUCCACCGCAAUCAUCUGGAUAUCCACCACAACAACCAGUAUAUCCACCACAACCGACUGGAUAUCCACCACAAUCAACAGGUUAUCCCCCUCAGCCUCCCGGAUAUCCUCCUCCCCAGCCAGGGUAUCCACCCCAGCCUUCAGGAUAUCCCCCUCAACUAUCAGGAUAUCCUCCUCAACAACCUGGAUACCCUGAAUACAAUUCUGCCCAAUCUGGGUAUCCUCAGCCACAUCAGGAACCUGAUCACAGUAAACGAAACCUGGGACUGGCUGCUGGUGUCGGAGCAGGGUUGGGUGGGCUGACCGCUCUAGCUGGUUCAGCUCUAGCAGGGUUAGCCAAUAAGAGCUCUGGGUCACACACAGGUAUUACCAGUUUACAAUGCACUGAAAAGUUGACUAUGUUAUUUCACUUGAACAUAAACACUUAG